AUGCUUAAAUCUUCUAAUUACACUGAGGAGCAGUUGCAAAGAGCUGUUGACGCGUACAAAAGCAAUUCAAAAUUAAAAAUCACAUCUCUGUCGCGAGAAUUCAAAGUCCCAUAUGCCACCUUGUAUGGGAGGAUCAACGGGAAGAAAUCAAGGACUAUGAGGGUUCCACUGAAUAGAGCAUUGAAUGACAGCCAGGAGGAGGCAAUUAAGAUAUGGAUUCAUCAGUUGGAUAUUAAUUUUUGCCCGCCCACCAUCGAGCAUAUCGAAGCCGCCGCGAACCGCAUGUUGAGACAGCAUCAUACAGAUCCAGAGACCGCACCUCCCACAGUCCAUCUAGAGGAUUGGUAUACACACUCCAACUUACCUGACAACUACACCAUCACCGCAUCCGAGUCUGACUUUACAAAUGAUGAGAUUGGAUUUGAAUGGAUCAAGCGGUUCAAUAAGAUGACAAAAAAGUGUCAAAUGGGCAAAGAAUUCAUCCAAUACUGCGACCUCCAUAAGAUUAUUCUAUUCAGAUUCCCAUCUCAUACAAGUCAUAUUCUACAACCUCUUGAUGGCGUACCUUUUCAGCAGUAUAAGCAUUAUCAUACAAAGGCAGUUAAUGAGGCCGCCCGCUACGGAUAUGAGCAGUAUGGUGGCAGACAAUUCCUUGCUAAUCUGGAGAGCGUCCGACUGCAAGCAUUCAAACCUGGCACUGUGAGAGCUGGCUUUGCCGACCGCGGAAUGUAUCCAGUUAAUCGCGAUAUAAUUCUCAAUCGAUUGAGACCUCUUACCAUUGAUGAUGCCCCGGAUCUCAACAUAUACGAUGGCGAUGGUGAUGUAUGCAAUCACUUUACCCCGCCGCCUGCAGAUCGACCGUCAACUGCCUCUUCGCAAUUAACCUCCCCAGAGACAGUUGCAAAACUACGUCGCCAAAUCGAUGCAGCAGCCAAGGCCUUACAAGAUGUGAAGGAUACCCUUACACCUGGUUUGACAAGGCGGUUGGACAAGAUCUUCAAGGGUAGCAUGGUCCAGGCGGAAUUGAACGCGCACCGUGAGGGUGAAUUUGCAGGUCAUUAUUGA